GAUAAAGGUUAUGUUGUUCGGCUAAAAUACUGUCAAUUAGAAGUAGCAGAGAAACAGGAAGCAUAAGACAAAUCUGGAAAAUUUGAAUACGUAAAUAGUCUACAUAUAAAUAAGUAAUGGAUGACGAAGCCGAAACGUAUAAAUUGUGGCGAAUAAGGAAAACAGUAAUGCAGUUAUGCCAUGAUCGAGGUUAUCUCGUUACGCAGGAUGAAUUGGAUCAAACUUUAGAACAAUUUAAAGAACAAUUCGGUGACAAACCAAGCGAGAAAAGACCAGCACGCAGUGAUCUGAUCGUUCUAGUAGCUCACAAUGACGAUCCGACGGACCAACUCUUUGUAUUCUUUCCCGAUGAACCUAAAAUAGGCAUCAAAACUAUUAAAACGUAUUGUCAACGCAUGCAAGAGGAAAAAAUUCACAGAGCUAUCAUUGUUGUGCAACAAGGAAUGACACCAUCAGCAAAACAGUCACUCGUAGACAUGGCACCAAAAUAUAUAUUGGAACAAUUUUUAGAAUCAGAGUUACUCAUUAACAUCACAGAACAUGAAUUGGUACCUGAACAUAUUGUACUUACACCUGAUGAGAAAGAAGAAUUACUUACCAGGUAUAAGUUAAAAGAGAAUCAAUUGAUGCGUAUACAAGUUGGUGACCCAGUGGCACGUUAUUUUGGCUUAAAACGUGGACAAGUUGUAAAAAUUAUUAGACCCUCUGAAACUGCUGGAAGAUAUAUUUCUUAUAGACUUGUAUGUUAAAUAAAAUACCUUUUUUUAUCAAAAAUGUGUUACAAAGAUGUGUUACCCUAAAAAUGAAGUACUUAGA